UACAAAGUCAGCCCUUGGAGCUGACAGCUUGAUCCAUGGAAUAGCUCGCAUUUUACAGGGAGAAAAGAAACGGGGGCAAUAAACGAUUCGAUUUGAGAUGGAGGACAGGCUGACCAGCUAAACCAUCUGAGGGGAAGAAUACAUUUUAUCGGCGGAAUUAGGUAAUGUGUACAGCGAAUGGGAGGAAUAUUCCAGCGUUCUGAUACGCCCAUGCGACGAGGUGUUUGGAUGUUGUGAUGUACAGUGAACGAUCAAGGCAACGAGAAGAAACACACAUGAAUACAGAAAACCGGAUAUUUUUAGAGGACGCAUGGAAAUACGCAUGGAUACAAUGUCACUAGUGUCUGGAUUACAAGAUUUUUGUUGCAGUUGGUGCAGAAUAUAAGAGAAACUAGGUGGAUAUUUAUUAUUAUUACUAUUAUAAAGAUGGUGGAGGCACUUUCUGCUUGCUUAAAUUUAAACAACAGAAACACAUUAUGGAGAAGACUUUCGUCGCUUAAUCACCAUCGCCUCGUCCAGGAUAAGAGUCACCUUUACGCAAGCCAUCCGCACCUCUCUCUUUUCUCAUAAAAGCAACAUAUAUCGCAAUAUAUAUAAUACUAAACAGCCAACACCAAGCCGAAGUUUCUCUAGUGUGUCUUGAUCUAUAAAAGCUGACCAUAAAAGGUCUGCGGACAAAAAUGACAAUCAUGGAAAAUGAAGAGGAAAUUAUCGAAUGACCUGCACAUGCGAUUCACAGAAACCAGACGAGGUCCAGUGGUCAGUGGCUUUGACUUCGACGUGGAUUAAAAUGCAAACCACCGUAGACCUGUAGUAGCGAUAGUACCAUUUAUUUUAAGAUGAAUUCAUUUAAAUACGAAUAGAUGCUUUUUCUAUUAACGUUACGCCAAAUGCUAGAAGUGUAGGAAAUAUUCAGCGUCUACUUAAGCAAAUGGCACUGCCAUCACUGUUGUCAUUCACAUCUUAAAAUGGAAGCGCGCUUUCUUUAAAGGCUAUUUAAAGACGUAAACUGGCUUAAAUCGUUAACGAUUUACAAGAUUUGCACGUGACAGAUAGAAAGAUGAGGACAAAUAUGACGGAUAUGGCGAUAUUUAUGAGUGUUUUGAUCUCGAGAGCAGGUGCAUUUCUGUUAGCCAAUCACAUUUGAGCUGGGGGAAAGAUACCUGGAGAUGCCUUAAGACAGCGCGUACAUAUCUUUUAAUGCUGUUCAUAUUUAUUCAACAUAUAAUGCAAAAUAAGAACACAUGUGCAUUUACAUUCAUUGAAAUUGAAAUCUAUGUUUUCCAAUGAUCCGAUUAUGUUUAAAUUCAUUAUUUAAGACAACAUUCCAAUACAAGCUCUUUUUAAGUAUGACUUGUACUUGAUCAUAAUAUGGUAUAGGGCAGAUUAUGAGACGAUCCAUCUAGUCCUAUCAUAAUUCUGCAGUGAUAUUCGUUUUGUUGCAAGUCCUUUGGAAGGAGACUUUUUAAUGGAAAAGUCCCAUUGAGGUAUCUGAUAAACGUCAUAAUCUCAAAAACUUUGGAUCUGAUGUUUAUCUAUGAAAAACUUGUUCAAUGGAGAGCUCUCAUUCACUGUUGUCAUCAAUCAUAUUGGACUGAACAUAUGUCUAAAGGUGCGAUGCUCUUUACAUGUUAAGACACACACAAAGUGCACUGCGUACAAUCAAUGAGAACAGUGCGGGGUCAGCCCAUCACAAGCAUUUCUUAUUGAUUUCUUUCUUCAUCAAAAAGGCCUAUUCGGUAGAUGAGCCCUGCAUGGAUAUUGUGCGUGAGUUGACAGAGGGCUUCCUCCAGCUAUUGAGACCGCAUCGCUGACCUGUGCACUCAGUGAUGGACCAACACAAAAGAGGGAGUGGAGCAGGAGCUGGAGGCGGUGGAAGUGCAACGCCUCUACCUUGCACCAGCAGUGGAGGCUCCUGUGGACCCCCACUUCCCCCAAAUACAACUACAACACCCUGUCUUACACAAGAAGAGACCAGCAGUAGCUGGAAUUCCUCUACUCUUUCAUCGGUGGGAUCCCCAGAUUCUCAUCUUCCCAACCAUCACGAAGGGAGUAACCCUUUCUGGAUGGCCGUGUUUGAUUAUGAGGCCACAGCGGAUGAGGAGUUGACCCUACGACGGGGUGACCUGCUGGAGGUCCUCUCCAAGGACUCCAAAGUGUCUGGAGAUGAGGGCUGGUGGACUGGCAAGAUCCAGGACAAGGUGGGCAUAUUUCCCAGUAAUUACGUGACCCGACGGGAUGCUGGCUACCCCGUUCUUCCUCCCGAAGGCCUGGUUGGUGGGGAGUCGCCAUUAGAGAUUGACUUCUCAGAGCUGUGCUUGGAGGAGGUGAUUGGCGCCGGUGGAUUUGGAAAAGUGUACAGGGGUGUAUGGAAAGAUGAGGAGGUGGCUGUUAAAGCGGCCCGUCAGGAUCUAGAUGAGGACAUCAGUGCCACUGCGGAAAAUGUCAGGCAGGAGGCCAGACUCUUCUGGAUGCUACGACACCGCAACAUCAUCGCUCUACAAGGUGUUUGCCUACGGGAGCCAAAUCUUUGCCUGGUUAUGGAGUAUGCCCGUGGCGGGGGGCUUAAUCGAGCACUUGCUGGGAAAAAGGUUCCCCCUCGGGUGCUGGUGAAUUGGGCAGUGCAGAUUGCGAAUGGAAUGGACUAUCUGCACAACCAGACAUUUGUGCCAAUCAUCCACAGAGACCUCAAAUCCAGCAACAUUCUAAUUUUGGAGCCCAUAGAGAGAGACGAUUUGACCGGGAAGACUCUGAAGAUCACUGACUUUGGGCUUGCACGAGAAUGGCAUUGCACCACAAAGAUGAGCGCUGCCGGCACGUACGCCUGGAUGGCACCAGAGGUCAUCAAACUGUCCCUGUUCUCCAAAAGUAGUGAUGUGUGGAGUUUUGGAGUGUUACUCUGGGAGCUGCUGACUGGUGAGGUCCCAUACCGUGAAAUCGAUGCUUUGGCUGUGGCCUACGGUGUUGCCAUGAACAAGCUGACCCUCCCCAUCCCGUCCACCUGCCCUGAACCCUUCGUACAACUGCUUGGAGAGUGUUGGUUUCCUGACCCACAUGGUCGUCCAUGUUUUGGGAGUAUCUUGAAGAGACUCCAGGCCAUUGAACAGUCAUCUAUGUUCCAGAUGCCCCUGGAGUCUUUUCAUUCCCUGCAGGAGGACUGGAGACUGGAGAUCCAGCAGAUGUUCGAUGAGCUACGAGCGAAGGAAAAGGAGUUACGUUCUUGGGAGGAGGCGUUGGCACGGGCCGCUGAGGAGCAGAAGGAGCAGGAGGAGCAUCUGAGGAGGCGCGAACAGGAACUAGCCGAGCGGGAGAUUGACAUCGUGGAAAGAGAGCUCAACAUCAUCAUCCAUCAAAUGUACCAAGAAAAGCCACACGUCAAAAAGCGCAAGGGCCACUUCAAAAAGAGCCGGCUCAAACUGGCCCGGGACAGCAACUGCAUCAGUCUGCCCUCUGGUUUCGAGCAUAAGAUCACAGUUCAAGCUUCUCCUAGCGUGGACAAGAGGAAGGGUCAGGGCAGUGAAAGCACCACUCCUCCGGCCAGCCCGGGAGUCAUUCCUCGUCUAAGAGCGAUACGCUUGACACCGAGUGAUGGGAGGAAGACGUGGGGCCGUACUGCAGUGUGUAAGAAAGAAGACCUGGCAGGAACCAAGAAGAAGGGCCGAACAUGGGGACCAAGCUCCACACAUCAGCGCGAGAGACUAGGUGGAGAAGACAGACUAAAGUCUCUUGGGGAGGGGAAGGUGUGGUCCUCCAGUGCUCCAAAUCUAGGGAAGUCCCCAAAACAUGCACCCAUGACAGCAGGAUUCUCAAGCUUAAAUGAAAUGGAGGAGCACAGUGAGUUAGAAGAUACUACCCCAGCUCAACUGGCGCCUGAGUUGAGCAGUAAUGGAGCCAUGGAGGAGGGCUCAGGGUCGGCAUUGGGCUCGCAAGAUUCACUUCGACGAUUUAGUCAAAGAAAGAAAAGUGACUUGCUGAUGUUGAGAUGUGCUUCUAUACUGGCUGCUGUGGGCCUUGGUUCUGACAUCUUCCAAUUGGGCCGACAACAGAUGAAUCAAGAUGAGCAAGACCUGCGAGAGGAACAGAGGAAAAAGAAGGAGGGCCUGUUCCAGCGCACGGGCCGAUUCAGACGCAGCACUUCUCCGCCCAGCCGCACUCUGCCGCUCUCCCUCUCCCAAAACCGCCAUCACGACUCUACGCUGCCCACCAUGGACCCGUCUCCCUCAGUAACGCUCCUUUCUCUUUCUUCCCUCUCCGACUGCAACUCCACCAAAUCCUUGUUGCCCUCCGACCCUGAUGACUUCACUCCUACCCCGAGCAGCACCCUCUCGGUGGUCUCUCCCGCUCCAUCAUUAAACCCUCUGCUGGAUCUGAAGGCGGAGAGCUUUAAACGAGAGCCCAAUCAGUCUCUCACACCCACACACGUCUCUGCAACAAUGGCACUGAAUCGCGGGCACCGCAGGACGCCCUCUGACAGUGCCAUCCGUCCACGAGCACAGACGGUCGUGGGGCAUCGCCGCACCCCCUCUGACGGGAGCAUGCCCUUUCUUCCUACACCUGCACCUACCAUCACACCCCACACAGGUUCUCGUGAAACUCUCGACAUUCCGCGCCUUCCCGACCCUUCUAUCAUCCACCCCCCUGCCCAUCGACGUAAACCCCCUCCUCCUCUCCCAGUGCCGGAUCCGGAGAGCCACACCGGCACCCUCGAGCGCCCCAAAACUCUCGAGUUCGCCCCCCGACCUCGUCCGACCCCAGCUCGAGCACGUCCCGACCCCUGGAAGCUGUCAUCUCUGUCACGGACCCUCAGUUCAUCUCCAGGUAGCAGCUGCGACAGUCCUCUGGGCUCGGGCGACAGCGGAGUGAGCACCGGGGCCGGCCUCGCCCAUCAAAGCCUUCUCGACAUGGACAUGGAAGGCCAGAGUAAGGACGGCACAGUUCCCCUGUGUGGACAACACGAACAACCCACUCUGUGCGAUCAACAUUUCUGAUAAAACACAAAGACCCCACAUCCUAGACUGAUGCACGACCAGCAUAUUGUGGUGGUCUUAAGAAUCAUUCCCCACUGUUUGUCCGACGAUUCAACCAGACCACAUUUUGUGGCAGGCAGCUCUCACAGAAAGUCUGUCCUCUGCAGUGGCUAGACAGACGCCUUCUGAAAAGGUUGGGAUCGAGUUAGGAGAUAAAUGACCUUGAUUUGGUUAUCUCAGGCUGUCUGCAGUGACUCAUUGUCUCCGAGCUUAAUGUCUGAGUUCGGUUGGUUAAGUGCCAGCCUAUGGUGAUGUGCUUUAGUGAGAAGUUUUAUUACCCAUGGAGCACGAGAGGGCAGUCAAACUACACCCCUAUUUCUCUGUUGGUCUGUGACCUUCCUUGUUUGUUCAUAUCUCCGUUAACACUGGGCAUGUCUCUGUUGUAUGCUCCUUGUCACAGUCUCUGCGGGUAAAACCUGUUUUUGGCCUGAAAGAAAAUUACAUUGUUCAGCAUUAUUCCCUCCAGUGUGUACAUUGUAAUGCUUUCUUUAUGUAUAAUCGGGAGACUUGGGUAUGCAAUUAAUUGCAAUGGCAUAGGAUUAUCUUUGCAAGUUGCAUUGUAAUAUAUUAACGAAGUACAGAAAUAGGUGUACUAUAAGAUUUUCUUUUUCUUUAAAAAAACAAAAACAUCUUAAGGACUCUCUGCAAGACCUAAUCAGAAUGUGAGAGAGUCCAAAUGUGAAGCGAUUUAAAUGAAAAUUCAGUCGUCAUUUACUCACUCUCGUGUCACACUGAUGUGAAUAAAUGUAGAUUUUAUUCUGCUGCUUUCACUGCUUAAAACCCUCAAUCCCCAUUUAUUGUAAUUGCAUGGAAUAGCAGUUCAUGACUUGAGGGUGGGUAAAUAAAGACAGAAUUACAGGUGAACUCUUUCUUUAAAUGUGAUGUGAUUGGCUUCAGAGAGUCUUUCUCUCUGUUUGUGAGGGUAUUCAUUGUGCGUUUGUUUGAGUGCAUGUCAACCUGACUGACAACCGGAUGAGCAAACCGCUGCUCUGCUAAUUUCUUCCUCUUCAACAUCUCUUCUUGACACAAUAACAGCUCGUGUGAGGAGCUUAAUGAGAAAGGACCCAAAUUACUUACUGUAUCAACUUGCAAUAAAAAGCAGACGUGUACUACCUGUUUUUAUGAUCGUGUACCAAACAGUCGGACAGACACUUCCUCACCGUCCUAAGUAGUAGUGACAACUGAUGUACUUCCUCAACCAAUUCAUUUUAAAGAGUAAUGAGAAUACACAGGAUUUUACCACGAAUCACCUCAGAGAGCAUUAUGAAGCGACAUGUGGACAGAGAUGUAAUGACAUCAUACUGGUGUUACUUUUGUGCAGGAGAUGCAGGAUCUUCUGUCGGUGGACUUUACCGUGCUGAGAUACACACACUGGAGGGUUCUUAAAUUCUUCGUGCUGAACCGAUAAACCUGGUAGUAGAAAGUAUUUUUUUUUUGAGAUUUUGACUGUCCACAAGUAUGACUGUGUGAUCGUGAUUGUGUGUUUGUGUUGGUUAUCAUUUGUAUGGGGUAAUUCUCUGUGCAGGGGUUGAACAAACCCACCCCUUAUUUCCUGUGUGAGGAACACUAAGAGUAUUUAUUAAAAUAAUUGUUACAACUAAA